UAUAUUUGUAUACAUCACCGCUGUAAAUAGAAUUCCAGUCCAGCUGUGUGAAAUGCUUAAGAAAGACGCAGAGUCUUGUGCCUUCCCCUGCGCACUGCGGCUGUUUUCUCCUCUGAAUCCCGUGUUUCAAUCGAAAAAACCUGAGUAAAUUCCGUCGUCAUUGCAGUCUGAGGGAUCGCCAGGUGCCAUUCACUCAUCAAGAGCAUCACCAUGGCAUCAUCACCGGUUUUAAAUCCGGAAAUUCCAUAUGUGGGAGCGGUAGAGGGAGGGCUCACGCCCGGAAAAAUGGUGAAGAUCCAGGGAAAAAUACCCCCAGAGGCUGUUCGGUUCGCCAUUAACUACCAAUUGGGCCCCAAUUUAAAUCCGCGUGAUGACAUUGCAAUUCACUUGUCACCUCGCUUUACCGACGGUUUCAUCACUCGAAACCACAUUCAAUCAAUGUCCUGGGGGCCUGAGGAGAAUGGUGGACCCCUCGUCAUUCAGCCGGGCCAAGAGUUUGAGGUGAUUCUACUCUGUGAACCCCUUCAGUACAAAAUCGCCAUCAACGGGCGUCACUUCACUGAAUUUGGACAUCGUCUGCCUUAUCAGAAGGUCACUCAUCUUGUCAUAGAUGGAGAUGUCGAGGUCACAAGCAUCUCGUACGAGAGCAUUGGGGCUCCUAGGUCACCAAGAAUGGCAGGCGCUCCUGACGUUCCUGCUGCUGAUUUUGGACCCCCUGGUCCAGGUGGAUUGUAUCCAACGCUGAACCCUCAGCCUCCCUCAACACCCUCUGGGGGUUACGGUCCCGGCCCUGGAGGCUAUGGACCCCCUGGUGGCCCUGGAGGCUAUAAUUCACCCAAUAAAUCUUAUGGUUAUCAACCUGGCUACGAAAAAGCUGAAGAAGAAGAUGCAUUCGGUGGUUGUUUAGACAAAGUUGGUCUUGCUCUGGGAGGACUCGUCGCUGCUGGAGGUGUUGCUGCUGCCAUGCAUGCCUACAACAAGAGAAAGGAGCACGACAAAGAGACAGAGCAUGAGAAGGUCGAGAGCUCAAAAACUGAGAGCGAAGGAGGAGGGCUAAAUCUGGGUGCCCUGGGUACAGCUCUCGCUAGUAGUCUGGUCUCCAAUGCUCUAUCUGGUGACACAAGACAACAGCCGGGUUAUCCAUCCCAGGGAGGGGGCGAUGUACUGGGCUCAAUUCUUGGAGCACUUGGUGGCGGUGGUGGCUCUCAUCAGCCAAAUUACCCACCCCCACAACAAGCCGACCCCCUGGGAGGUCUUGGAUCGAUCCUCGGUGGUGUCCUUGGAGGUGGGGGAGGCCAUCAACAGCCAGCUUAUCAACCCAGUGGUGGAUACACACAGCCUGGAUAUAAUCAAGGUUCAGCUGGCUCUGACCUACUCAGUGGUAUUGGGGGUGCUCUCUUCAGCUCUGCGAUAGACAGUCUGAGCAAAAGAAAUUCUCACGGGGAUGAUCAUCAAUAUUCUCCGCAACCACCGCCUCAGUAUUCCCAGAAUUAUGGGCCACCGAGGAGUGAUCCACCACCUCCACCCAAACCAUCAAGCCCACCAUCUUCCGGUGGUGGAAGAUUGAGUGCUGCUGAUAUUUCCAAAGGGUUGGGGCUCGGCGACGAUGAGGAUUAAAUUUCUCACAGCCUUCCCCCUUUUUUAAAUUAAUAUCUAAAGAAAUUUUUCUCGAGAUUUCGAGACAUUUAAAGGCCUUGCACAAUUUACUCGAGAGUGAGCCAAAAUGUUAAUUAUACAAGAUAUUUUUCAAUUUUUAGUUCUCAGUAGGAAUCUCAGGAAGAGAUAACAUACAAGAAUAAGGUUUUUUGGCGGAGUCAGGGAGAAUUUAAAUAAAUUGAGAAAUCGAUUUUUUGUAAAUCGUUUUUUGAAGUUUUUCAAAAUAUAAAUUUGGGGGAAUCGGAUAUUUACAUUAACAUUAGAAUAAUAAAUUGGAAAUCAGUAGCCGGUAUAAUGGAUUAAUUCAAUAACACAACACGAAUAAUAUGUCGCUUGGAAAUUAAUAGCCAAAUUUCCACCCAAUAAAUAAAUAAAUAAAAUCAGCAUGUCGACAUGUCGAUAAUGUAAAGAAAGGGGUAUAUUUAUAAAUAUCCCAUUCAACUGCAUGCAUAACUAACCACUUUAAACAUUAUUAUAAUUGUUACGAUUCUCGUAAGCUAUUGAUUAUUUAUUACGUGGUUUUUUCACACUUUAAGGAACAUAUUUAGAACAAAUCCGGAAAAGCUUGAUUAUUUUUAUUAUUCCUGAUGACGCCAUACAUACCUUAAUAGUGAAAUGGGAGAAAAAAAUUAUUUCGAAAGAAUGCUUCCAUUUGGGAGAAAAAAUAAUUAUCUCUUGUCGACUAUUAUUUAUUUGCUUCGUGAAGCAUUAGAUCUGAUUAUUUAUCAAUAAUUGCUGAAGUAAUUGCUGAACAUCAAGCACGUGUUCAUCUUAGAAGGAUUAAUCGUAUAUUUUUAUAAAUAUUUUGUGGCCUUAAGAGAGCAUAAAUCACUGGAGAUCGUUGUUUAUGGACAUAGUUUAUUUAAAAUUAAUAUAUGCUGUUAGAAAAGUCUAGGAGAAGGGCGGAAAUAUGGCACAAUGAGAGAAAUAAAUUGAUAAUUACUUCAUGAUGAAUCAACUGUUCUAAAAAAAAACAA